AUUUCAGUGUGUGCUUGCUCUGAUCCUGAGUACAAGCUAUAUAAAACCUUGUUUAAUAAGUACAACCCAUACAUUCGACCCGUGGAGAAUGUAUCCAAUCCUGUCAUUGUGCUGUUUGAAGUGUCACUGUCCCAGCUAGUCAAAGUGGAUGAAGUCAAUCAGAUCAUGGAAACCAAUCUUUGGCUGAAACAUAUAUGGAAUGACUACCAGCUGCAAUGGGAUCCAGCUCAGUACAGUGGAAUUGAGUUUAUACGAAUCCCAUCUUCAGACAUAUGGAGGCCAGAUAUAGUUCUGUAUAACAAUGCAAUUGGAAUCUUUCAAGUCGAUGACAAAGCCAAGGCCAUAUUGAAGUACACAGGGGAUAUAACCUGGAUGCCUCCAGCUAUUUUCAAGAGUUCUUGUCGGAUAGAUGUGACAUACUUCCCCUUUGACUACCAGAACUGUACUAUGAAGUUUGGUUCCUGGACAUACGAUAAAGGAAAAAUCGACCUAGUUAUGAAUAGCUCUGAAAUGAACCUGAAAGAGUUCUGGGAGAGUGGGGAAUGGGUAAUUAUCAGUGCCAUUGCAUACACGCAUGAAAAGAAAUACAACUGUUGUGCAGAAAUAUACCAGGAUAUCACAUACUACUUAUAUAUCAAACGCCUCCCAUUGUUCUACACUAUUUACAUUAUUAUCCCUUGCCUUCUCAUCUCUUGUUUGACCAUCUUGGUUUUCUACUUACCCUCAGACUGUGGAGAGAAAGUCACUUUGUGUAUGUCUGUUCUUUUAUCACUGACUGUAUUUCUCCUGGUAAUCACUGAAAUCAUUCCUUCAACUUCCUUGGUGAUCCCCCUCAUUGGUGAAUACCUACUUUUCACAAUGAUAUUUGUAACUCUGUCUAUUGUUAUAACUGUAUUUGUGUUAAAUGUUCACUACAGAACUCCCAAAACACAUACAAUGCCUGGCUGGGUCAAGAAAAUCUUCUUGGAUAAACUUCCCAAAGUAAUGUUCAUGGCAAGACCAUGCAGAGAAGACAGAAGUGUGCUCAAAUCACUCAUGAAUGUGGACAUCUUCAAUGUGAACAGUAUCUGCAGCUCUGAAAUUAGAAGCUGUAAAGACCAGCUGCUUUGUCAGGACAGCUCAUGUCCAUGUGGACAAAGGAAGAGAUUGUAUACUUCAGACACAGUUUUCAACCUUACUCGGGGAUCCAGCUUAGAGUCCAUUGACAAUCUGGUGCCAAAUUCCUUGUUAUCCUUAGAAAUGAGAGAAGCUAUAGAAAAUGUUAAUUUUAUUGCAGAGAACAUGAGGAUGCAAAAUGAAGCUAAAGAGAUUCAGGAUGACUGGAAAUAUGUCGCCAUGGUUAUUGAUCGUAUCUUCCUCUGGGUUUUUGCGCUGGUUUGCAUCCUGGGCACAACUGGACUUUUCUUGCAGCCCUUGGUGUUUAGAGACUAA